AUGGCGCUCCCCCAGAUCAAGUCCCUGCAGGAAUGCGUCGACUACGCAAAGGUCGUCGAGCCCUUCGUCCCCCAGCUCUACCAGCUACCCUACCGGAUCUGGCAGGGCCUGGACAGCCUCGACGCCCUGAGGCAUGUCUACGUCACGACGAACCCGUUGGUCGAGGGCUUCGCCUUGUCCCUCAUCGUCGGGCUUCUCACCUUGAUUGUGUCCGAGAUCAACCGCAACUAUUCGCAGAUUGACCGGCUGUGGAGCAUCCUGCCGAACCUCUACGUUGUCCACACUGCGCUCUGGGCACGUGCGGCUGGGCUGCCGCAUAGUCGAGUGGAUCUGAUUGCCUUCUGCACGACUUUAUGGAGCAUUCGACUGACGUAUAAUUACUGGAGACGUGGCGGCUACAAAGUAGGGUCAGAAGACUACAGAUGGAUGAUUGUCAAGGGGCAGCUCAACUCAGUCGUCUGGUUCAUCUUCAACGUCACCUUCAUUUCCUUCUUCCAGAGCAUCCUCCUUUGCCUCUUCUCCUGUGUCCCGGCGUACGUCAUCUUGCUGUCAUCUCAGUUCGAGACUGGAAUCCAGCCGAUUGAUCUCGUCUUUGCCGGUGUCGAGAUCCUUCUCGUCUUCAGCGAAUGGAUAAGUGACGGCCAGCAGUAUGCCUUUCAAACCGCCAAGUACAAGUACAGAGAGACUGGCAAAUUGACCCCCGGCUAUACAGCCGCCGAGCUGGAAAGGGGCUUUGCCACGACGGGCCUUUGGGCGUACAGCCGACACCCCAACUUCUUUGCCGAGCAGACCUUCUGGUUCAUGCUCUACCAAUGGAGCUGCUUUGCCACCAACACCCCGUACAGCUGGGUUGGCAUCGGCGCCGUCCUGCUGGUCUUGCUCUUCCAGGGUUCCACUAACCUCACAGAGAGCAUCACGUCCAGCAAAUACCCAGAGUACAAGGCCUAUCAGGAGCAUGUUGGCAUGUUCAUCCCCAAGACGCUGACCCCGUAUACGACCCCUGGUCCAAAGGUCAUCAGGUCAAGCGAGCUGGUGAAGCGUUCUGAGCAGAAGCAGAAGCACAAGAGGAAGCAAGGCUGA